GAAAUUCUCAAAGUAAACAACCUGGUGAUACAAUACGUGACAAAACAAUAACCUAGCAAGCUCCUUGUUCUAACCCCUGCUUCCUAGCCAUAAUCGAACUUCAGCCGCACGCAAGCAGCCCCUCCUUGACAUGAAUUUUGCCGCACUUCAAGGGAGACGCUGCUCUGGCGCUGCUCGUCAUGCCCAUUUGAGGCGGGGGGCACUUCCCGCGCUAGUCCGGGUUCAUGCUGUUCCGGAGCAGCACCAGGACGCCUCUGCGCCGGGGCCCAGCCACCUGUCCCACCACGUCGCGCCGGCGGCGCCGCUGCCGCUCGAGCCCGAGUCGGCGCCGCUCCGCAUAAGCCGCCGCAUAGCCGCCGCCCGCGCCGUAGAGAGCCACCGUCACCAAGCUGGCAGUGGCAGCAGCAGUAGCAGUGACAGCGCUGGCAGUAGCAGCAGCAGUGAGGCGCCGCUGUUUGUGGACCCCUAUGCGGAGCUGCUGGCGGCGGGACGGGCCCCCGCCGGCUCCUCCCUCGCGCAGGUGGCUGCGGACCUCAUCGCCACCGCCUACACGGAUGAGCUGCUGCUGCGGGCGGUGGGGCUCACCGCAGUCAACGGCAUCAGCGACGGAGACUACCGCCAGGUAGUGCUGCUAGGCGACGCGCUCGACUCGCGGCCCUACCGCCUGCCCUGGCCGCCCGGCACCGCCCUGUACCUGGUGGCCCCGCGGGAGGCCCACGCCGCGGCCGAGGCGGCACUGGCGUCAGAGGCCGCCGCCGCCAUCGCCGCCGCCGUGGCGGCGGCAACCACCGUCUCGCCCCCCACCUCCACCUCCUCCUCCGCCUCCUCCUCCGCCUCCACCGGGCCUGCAACCACAACGACAUCAGCAGCCGCUUACGUCGACGCGGACGCGGACGCUGCCGCAUCAGCGCCAGCAGCAUCCGGGGCCAAGGCCAAGGCGGGCGUGCGGGCGGCUAAGCGGCCUGCGGGGCCGCGGCCGCCGCCGGGCUGCCUGCUGCGGCGUGUGUGUGUGGACCUGCGGCCGGUGGCGGGCGGCGGCGCGCCGGACCUGUUGGGGCCGCUGACGGCUGCGGGGUUCCGCGGGGACCGGCUGAGCGUGUGGGGGCUGCAGGGCAUUGCUGGCCUGGAGCUUGACCAACAGGACGUGGCAGCGCUGCUGGCGGAGGCCGCCAACGCCGCCGCCUACCACUCGCUGCUGCUGGGCGAGCUGCCUGGGGAGCUGGGGGCGGCGCAGGCGGCCAACGCCAUCGCGGAGGCCGGCCUGCUGGGGGCGCCGCUGGCGGUGGGCACCGAGGACACGAGCUAUGGGCGCUGGCAGGCGGAGUGGGGCCCGCCCGAGGACCCGGAGCAGCCGCAGCGCUGGUUGUUCGCAUCACAGCAGGUGCGACUGAGCAUUGCGCAGAUGGAUACCUACGAUGACCACGGCGCAGCGGCGGCGGAGCUGGACGAGGAUUUCUUUGACAACUUCAGUUGAGAGUGAGAGUUCUAGUUUGGCGUUGCAACGGGUCGGGAGGGAUACGGCGGGUGGAAACUAGUUGGGAAGAGAAGUAAUGCUGCGGGGAGGGUACGGGAGUUGGCGGCAGCAGGGAGGGUGGACGAGCGGUGGUGUCGACGAGUGUUCGGAGCGGAACGUGCGUGUGCGGUGUGGUGCGCAAAUGUGCGGGCAGCGGGCCGGAGUUCGUACGGAUGACGAGAGAGCAGAAGCGCGAGUCGCGGGAGUGAUAGGCCGGGAGCGAAGGUGGCAGGGUGUCACCACAAUGGCGUGGGAGUCCGGAUGCUCAAGUGUUGGUGGGCCGGACGAGCCUGAUGAAACUUCCUAAGCACGUGACGGCAGACUGCUUCAAGGCUAUCGUACGAGCCGUUCUGGCUCGAAUGAGCACACAAACAACCGGUAAACGUGGAGAUUUCCG